AUGCCAUCGACAAACGUAGAAACAGUGACAGUAGCCCCUCUAAUAGCUACUGAAGAAAGCGGAGCAUCAACAACUGCUGAAGUGCCCAUUACUAAAACUAGCCAUGCAGAUAGGCUAUGUUUGUUUUGUCAAAAUAAAUAUAAACGAGUGAAAGGGCGAUACCAACCUCUUCACUCGUCAGAAAGAGCAAGUUUGAUGCAAGUUCUGAAAGAAUUUGGCGAAAAUAAUGAAUUUUAUGACAAAGUUAGCGCAGAUUCAAGCCCAUUGAUUUUUUAUCAUAAUAGCUGUCGAACAAUUGCCAUAUAUACUUUACAAGAACAAGCGAGGACAAAAUCACCACCGAAGAAGACUUGGAAAUAUUUUCACAAACUGGCUUUUGAUGAAAUGCAAAUUUUUAUCAGCGACGAAAUAAUAAAUAAAAAAAGGACAUUUUCAUUCACAUACUUAUGUAAAUACUACUUUGAAUUAUUACAAGGAAUACUCGAGGAAAAUGAUGAAGAUGUUGAUGUUAAUUUUAGUACCCAGCGGUUUGAAGCUAAAUUGUUACAGAAUUACGAUGAAAUUACAAUUAUCAAGAGGGACAGAAAAAAAUAUGUAACAUUAAAGGAUUCUGUUGUUGAUGCAAAAUUAUGUGAACUGUUGGAAGAUGCGGAGAUAUUGCAAAGAGCAGCAUCAAUUUUACGAAAAACUAUUUUAAAUAUGACAAAGAAAGAAUUACCAGAAAACAUAACAACUGCUGAUUUGUUAAAUGGCGAAUGUGAAAUACCUAAGCAAUUACUUGAUUUUUAUUGUUUUCUUCUGGGUGGUUAUAAACGACGUCGGAGAAUUAGUGAAGGUUGUAUAAGGAAAACUAAUUCAUUGGCAGAAGAUUUGAUUUAUAAUGUUACUAAUGGGUCUGUCAAAACCAAAAAACACAUCACUCUGGGCAUGACAUUGAAGAGUUUGACGAGCAGCAGAAAGAUCGUAGAAAUUAUAAAUAAAUAUGGUCAUUGUUGUAGUUAUCAUGUUAUUGAAGAAUUGGAAACUGCAGCAACAACUACGUUAUUGAAUCGUUCUAAAAUUUGUCUAAAUGAAAUUUGUAAAAGACAAGAUUUAUUCACAGGAGUAGCCUUCGACAACUUCGAUCGUUACGUUGAUACUGCUACUGGUAAAGAUACCCUACAUGAUACGGUAGGCAUAAUCUAUCAAACAGUUCUAGAAAAUGAGGAAUCAACAGAGGGAACUUCUGAGCAACUCCAAAAUCCUUCUGAACAUGGUGAGUGCACAGGCGAGCUAUCCGUUUCAUGUGUUCAUGCAGGACAUAAAAGAAGAAGGACUCUUGAUGCUAUCAUCCCAGAGUUAGUCCCAUAUUCAAAGAAACUCAAGAUGAAUGAUGAAUUAUUGUCUUUAUCUGACAAUUUAAGAAAUGAAGCUACACCAGCUUCACUAGAAACAAUUUAUCAG